UCUGUAUUGAGAUGCUAUUCUUUGGACACACCACAGGGAGACGUGAUCAAGAAGUCUGAAACUCAAGGGUUCAACCCAGUAUUAAUAAUUCUCCUGCUUGUUGGUGGGCUGCUAUUGACAUUCCUCAUUGGAAAUUAUAUACUUUACAUGUAUGCACAGAAGAACCUCCCUCCCAGAAAAAAGAAGCCAGUCUCUAAGAAAAAGAUGAAAAGGGAGAGACUGAAGCAGGCUGUUUCCGCUCCUGGAGAAUAGGGACUUAGAACUCACUUCAGGUUCUGUGUUGUUAAACGAAACUCUUCAGAAGAAGUUUAUUUUAUUUUAAUUUUUUUAGUAGGCCGUUCUUUAGCCUUUUCUCAGUUGUGAAUUUGCAUUUUCUUUUGGCUGACCUUACCCACAUAAACCAGUCCUUUGUCAAUGUAGUUGGAAGUAGUUGGAACAGGCCGUUUCACGCUUAAGUCAUCA